GGAUCCACGCCCCUGUGAGUUCCCUGACUAUCACCUCCUGCCCAGUCCAGUCCAGCCCAGCCCAUUCCCGUUCACAGCAACCCACAAAGAGACAAACAGAGAAGAGCCAGGAUAAGACCAAUACACAGCAUAGUGACAUUCCAUCUUGGAGAAAGAAUCUCAGCUUGGAAUAUAUUGGGACACUGGGAAUAUACACACAUAGCUAUAGAAGUGUGUUAGUGGACCCUGCAUUGGCAGACACACUCCGACUGCGGGAAAAGAGUGUGCUUGACUUCUCAGAGGAACACACAAGCACAUACAGGGCUAGCUGAUUGGGCCAAGGUUCUCCAUACAGUGGCAGUGUGUCUGGCCUGUCCUGCACCAUGAAGCUGAGUGUGGCUCUGUUCUUCGCGGGGCUGUUCGGGGCACUGGCAGCCAUGUUUGUCCUCCUCUCCUUCGGGACAGAUUACUGGCUCCUGGCCUCUGAGACAUGCGACGAAGAAACUAACAGAACCAUAGGACCUGGGGGCGUUGCCAUAGAGCGUGGUGACAUGAUUCUGGUGGAACCCGGUAUGGGGUUCCCCCCAGACACCACUUUCUACCACGAGGGCUUCUUCUGGAGGUGCUCCUUCGGGGGAAACCUGGACGAUGAUACCCUCUUGAAGUUCUGGAUCACCAAUCAGCCCCACUCUAAAGUCUGCACACACGCCUACCUCUUCCCCUUUCCCGUGUCUCAACAGACUCACAACGCCACCGCAUAUGACUCCGCAAUCAUCUACAGAGGCUUCUGGAGUAUCUUCAUGCUAAUUGGGGUGGCUGCCGUCGUUUUAGGUGGGUUCUUCAUCAUCUGCGCCGCCCCAUUUGCCAGUCACCGUCUAUAUAAGGCUGGGGGUGUGCUCUUCCUGACAUCUGCUCUGUUCCUUCUUGUUGUGGUGGUGAUGUAUGUGCUGUGGGUGGAGGUGCUGGAUGUGGUACAGGUCUACGUGGACCACCAGCGCUCCUCUAUUUGUCCCACCUUUGACCUCACCAUCCACUACGGCCUGUCCUUCUUCUUCGCCCCCGUCGGCAUCUCCUUCUGCCUGCUGGCAGGACUCCUUUUCCUCCUCAUUGGCCGGUCCGUACGGAUGCAGUACCACUGAUUGUUGUCGCUGUGGCAAGAGUGUGAUGAUGCCCAUGGUAGAAGGCGGGGCGCUGAGACUUCCGGAACGCUGCAACGGUUGGGGCCAUUUCCAUUUCAAUUUGUUUAAUUGAAGAAGUCAAAUGAAAUUCCAAUUUUAAAAAUGUCUUAUAGCUAAGCAUUGCGGUAAAUUGGAAUUAGAAUGUCAGUUUACUUCCUGAAUUUACUUCAUUGAAAAGGAAUUGACCCCAACCCUGCUCUGUAACUUCAAGAAUGUGUCGGAAAUCUCUGUGUUCUGUCAAUCAUCCAGAAAUGGGAUGGGACUUCUUUGAACUCCGUGGUGUGACUGAUUUGACAGGUUACAAUGACAUGCUUCAGUCACUGCAAGUGUUUGACAGAGUUCCACCCAACAUGACACCCUAUACCAUCAUAUUAGUGCACUACUUUCACCAGAGCCUCUAUAGGGAAUAGGGUACCAUUUGAGACACAGACAACCCCUCAGUCCCCCAUCACUACAUGCUCUUCACCUGACAUCUACAGUACUGAGAGACACAGGAUUGGUUGGUUGAACUGUGGUGGCGGCUGUUGGUGAUUUGCUUAUACAGGUUGUCGGCUGUCACAUGUCACAUGUUGCCAUAGCAGCGAGUUAGGAAUGACUUUGGUAUAGGAUGUUUUGUUUGUUGAAUUCUUUCUUUUUUUGUAUUUGUAUUUUUAGUCAAAUGGUUUUAGAAGGCUGCUACUGUCAUUUGCUGAGUGUGUUGAGGUGCUUUAACAUAAAUGAAGGGUGAACAAGUCACUUUAUAUGCUUCUCUAUAGAUUUGAUUACCACUUUAUAAAUAUAAUACAUGUAUUACACGUAUUCCUUUUUCAAUUAUUAACACUUUUUGAGAGAAAUGUGAAUGCCUUACCAUUAUAUAAGCAUGCGGUGUGAAGAGUUAGAAUUAAGGUAUAGAAAUCAAGAUUAGGGGCUCUAUUCAAUCUGGAUCACUGAAGCGUUACAUGUUGCGUGACAGAAAUGUAAAGAUGAUUUCUGAUUGAGCGGACAUAUGCAGCUCUGGUUAAAAUGUUUUAGUAAAGUAUUUGUUUGCCCUGUAAAUAGUAGACACUGUCAUGAAAUUACUACAUGCAGUUUAAAACACAAAUAAAUUGAUGACAUUUGUUUCAUGAA